AUGUGGAUUAUUCCAGGUUCAGGGAGCUUACGUCUCUGCAAGAAGCCGUUUGUUCUUCGAGGGCUUGUAUUUAGGUCAUAUGCCACCAAGACCUCCGAUCCGCUCCGCAUCCUCUUUUGCGGCUCUGAUGAAUUCAGUAUUGCCCACUUGAAAGCUCUCCAUGCUUAUCAUUUGAAACAGCCGGAGCGUAUUUCCUCUAUUGAUGUCGUUGGCUUCACUUUACGCUUCCUUGAGUGGCUACGUUUUCUAAUUCAAUUUCCCUCAGUUCCACUCAAAGCUGCCGCAUCUGAUCUCUCCCUUCCAAUCCACGAGAUUGAUACCUUCACCGGGUGGACGCCCCCGACCUCUCCGAACGGUCACAUAAAUCUGGUGAUUGCUGUGUCAUUCGGACUUUUUGUUCCGCCGCGCAUAUUGAAUGGUGCCAAGUAUGGAGGCUUGAAUGUACACCCUUCAUUGCUACCAAACUUCCGUGGUCCUGCACCGCUUCAUCAUACUCUUCUUGCUGGUCAUACCACCACUGGCGUGACGGUUCAGACCUUGCAUAUGAAACACUUUGAUCACGGGGCGAUAUUAUCACAAACGCCCGCCCCCGGGUUCGAGAUCCCCAAUCCAGAAUCCUGCACUGUCCCCGAGUUGGUGGAUUUUGUCGCACCUAAAGGAGCACAAAUGCUCGUGGAAAGUAUUGAAAAAGGACUAUUCGUCCCUCCCAUUGCAAAUGCUGGAGCUGAACAGACAGGAGAGUUGAAACAUGCUCCCAAAAUAACACCUGAGGACCGGCACAUCAAGUGGGCAAAUUGGACCUUGGCAGAUAUCAACAGACGUAACCGAGUGAUUGGACCUCUUUGGAGCAAGGCCCUCUGUGCAAGCAAUCCUGUAGAUGGACCUCUGUCAUUCCAACAGAAACGAGUUAUUCUUACAGAUAUCGAGGAGGUUGACCCGCCUGAGGGAUGUGAUUCAUUCUCAAUCGUUCCAGGUCUGCCCUUUACAAAUGCCCCUCACCCCGUCAAGCCAAAGAAGUCACGGCAACUAUACGUUUUUACUGUCGAUGGCAAAGUUCUGCGCAUCAACCGAAUGAAAGUGGAAGGCGAACAAGACGCUGAGGGCCUACGAGCAGCUAUCAAAGCUCGCAUGUUCGGCGAUCGAGCAUUUCAAUAUGAAGGUCGGGAACUGACUCCCUUCCGCAACUCUCUUGUAUAA